AUGCUUGCUCUUGUCGCUGGCGCAACUGGCAACAUCGGCCAAAGGCUGAUCGACGCCCUCCACGCUCGAGGGCAUCAAGUUCGUGGUUUGGGUCGAAACCCCGCAAAACUCACAGACGCCCGACGCGCCAAGUUGGAGGGCUUCGUCGUUACCAAGAGUCACUAUGACAUUGAGGCUCUCGAUCACGGCUGCAAAGGAGCCGACGCAGUCAUCUGCGUCUUGGCUGAGGUGUUUUUGGUGUUCCCGGAUCACCCUCUUGGUGCUGUUGAGCUAAACGGCUACUGGGACGGUAGAGAGAAGUCCAUGAGUUUCUGGGGCGAUGGAAAUAAGCCAAUGCCGUGGACUACGGAGCGGGACGCAGCCGAGUUCACCGCUGCGAUUAUCUCUAGAGACGAUGCUGAGGAGGGCGGAUGCUGGAACACAGUCUCCGGUAUCCAUUCAGUCAGGGAGCUUGCUGCAGCUUACGCAAGGGUGAAGGGCAAAGAGGUCAGCUUCAAAAUCAGGGGGACUGAUGAAGACCUUAAAACUCUUGCAUUCGAGGCACGAAAGGCAGCUACACCGAGACAAUUCUUCCAGUACAUGUCGUACUUUUACCAACUCCAUACAAACAACGGCACAUGGGAUAUGGCGAAAGUCGACAACGAUAAGUUGAAUGUUCGAGCUACAUCUCUCGAGGACUUUUUACGACACAACGAUAUCUAG